UAAUGUCAAGUCGUGUCAAAAAAUAACCAAGCGAGGGUGAGAAAAUCAACAGACAGCGGAGAAUAAUUUCAUAUUUGUUACAAGUAUCCCGUUUAUGUUAAUUUACUAUUCCCAUAAAGAAACUUAACACAAUGGCUGAAACUCCUGAGACCGUAAAAAUCAAUAAAUGGGAUGGUGCUGCCGCUAAAAAUGCUAUUGAUGAUGCUAUCAGAGAGGUACUUACUGGAGAUUUAAAAUGCAAAGAAAGCUUUGCUCUGAUUGAUGGCAGACUUUUUCUAUGUGCGUUAGCUGUUGGUGUUGCUCUCUAUGCCCUUCUAUGGGACUACCUAUACCCAUUCCCUCAGUCUAGACUGGUUCUCAUUAUCUGUGUCUCAUCAUAUUUCAUACUGAUGGGCAUUCUUACUCUUUACACAACAUUUAAAGAAAAGGGUGUGUUUGUGGUUGCCAAGGAAAAGAAUGGAAAUAACAACAGGGUUUGGGAAGCAAGCUCUUAUGUUAAGAAACAUGACGACAAAUACAACCUAGUCCUUGUGAUGCGCGACUCUACCGGCAAGACCCGCGAGGCAUCCAUCAUCAAGUCCUUUGCCAACUUCAUAGACACAAACGGAACAAUUGUCCAGCCCCUUGUCAUUAACGAAAUCACAAAACUCUACAACUCCCUCUCAUCUGAUAAGAAAGAGAAGUGAUUACCUUGUCUCGCACAAAUGUAUUAAGGUCUGACAUUAUUGUAAUAUUAUACUUAAUAAACUAAUGUCCUAAGA